UAUACGUCCCUGUUCCAUCAAUGCUGCCGCGACCCCUCCUGACCUCGACAUUCGCUCUGCACUAUCGUAAGAUACCAGUCUUGGCGAUUGGUCGGGAAAUCUACUGCGACACUUCACUCAUCAUCGAGGCAUUGGAGCACUUCUUCCCAGCAGUUCAGGGUUGGGGGACUGUGUAUCCAAAGGUUGAAGGCGUGGAUGGAUGGAUGUAUCGCGGGCUAGUGAGAGGAUUCACCAGUUUCUGGACGGAUAAACCGCUCUUCAGAGCAACGACAGGGCUGAUACCGCCGAGUGUCUGGUCUACAGACUUUGGCAAAGACCGGGCACAACUUAUUGGACAUGCACUUUCACCAGCCAAGCUCGGGUCGAAGAUUAACCAAAACCUAUCCAAUUUGGACCUGCAUCUCUCGCUCCUGGAACCAAUGUUUGGUUCUGGGACAUGGGCGAUUCCGACAAAUACACCUUCACUGGCUGAUAUAAGCUUAUACUACCAAUUACGGUGGGGCAUUGAUAUUGCCGCUGGAAGAGGGAUAUCCAAUCUCAGUGGCGGAGAAACCCAUGAUACGCAGGAGGAUGUUAUGGGUCAAGUGUUCAGCCAGGAAAGAUAUCCAGGGCUUUGGAGAUGGUUUCAUGCGUUUGAGGCAUACAUGGACGCUAUUCCUGAUCUGCAGACCACAGUACCAGAGUCUGAUACGAGAUGGAAAGACGCACUGCGCCGUACGCCGCUCUUGAGUGACAACGACUUGCUAGUCCCAACCGCCGUCGGCCAGCAUCGACCGCUUGAUGUCCGAGGGGGUCUAUUACCAGGCGUGAGCGUAAAGAUUGCACCGGAUGACACUGGUCGCAAUAAUCCGACGAGCGGUACAUUGGUAAAGAUGGGCGUUGAGGAAGUAGUGAUUAUGCCAAAUGGGAAAGCCGAGUUGGAUGUCAGGGUUCAUUUUCCGAGGCUUGGAUUCCUUAUCAAAGUUGUGGAGGGAAGUAAAUUGUAA